AUGGUUUCUGCCAUUUCAAUUAUCGGGCUCUUUGCUCUCACGGGUUUUUCUACUUCUUAUACAAAUGGUACUAAGGAAUUGGUUUUUGUUCAAACGCUCUGGAGACAUGGAGAUCGUUCACCAACUAAAACGUUCCCAACUGAUCCAUAUCAAGAGAGCGCAUGGACAUUUGGAGGUGGUGGAUGGGGACAAUUGAGUCCGACCGGAAUGAAACAGCACUUGAAUUUGGGAAAAAUGCUCCGAAGCCGCUAUGUGACAGAUUACCAAUUCUUCCCCACUAAAUACAACGCGAAGCAGAUUUAUGUCCGAUCCACUGACGUCAACAGAACCAUCAUCUCUGCUAUGUCCAAUUUGCUCGGGCAAUACGGGCAAGACGACGGAAGCAGUGUUGCAGACGUCGACUAUCCAGCAGUUGUAGGAUGGCCAAAAGGAUUCGUGCCGAUUGCAGUGCAUACUGUAGAUGAUGACACUGAUCAUCUCGGAAACAUGGAAUCCACAUGUCCAUUCCGUGAGCAAGUAUGGAAUCUUGCAAAAACAUCCGAUGAGGUUAAGAACUUCACAAAUUCUGAUAAGGUUCAAUCAAUGCUUGCAAAACUGACGAAUUACACGGGAGAAACAGUUGACAUUGAUAACCUUUGGAUUAUCACAAAUGCGUUAUACAUUGAGCAAAUUUAUUUCAAUGAUUCAAUUCGAACGAAGAAUUCCUGGUUCACUGAUGAUUUGUAUGCUCAAGCAGAUGCCAUCAACGACCAAGUUCAGCUUUAUCAAAACGGAAUUUUUAAAAACAUGCCAAAUGUCGUGAAUGGCCACGAUGUUGGAGUUUUGACCCGUAAGAUUCGAGGAGGACCAAUCUUAAAUGAUAUGGUGAUGCAUAUGAAUAUCAAGUUGGCAUGUCAAGGAAUGACAACUCCCAAUUGCACAUGGAUCAAUAAUUUGAAGAAUUAUGUCUACUCGGCUCACGACACAACAAUAUACGCCUUCUUCUCAGCUCUUCUAAUUGAAGAAUAUGCAGUGAAACCAUCUGGAGGAUAUCCAUUGUACUCUGCAGCUGUACUUCUUGAAUUGUACGUUGAUAGUGCUGACAAAAAACCAUACUUCAAAAUGAUCUACCACGAACAAGACGGAAGUGGAUUCAAGACAAUCACUCAAGGAAUUCAAGGAUGCUCUUCGGAUUACUGUGAUUUGGAUGUUUUGAGAAACUUUUCAGCGACUAUUCAACCAGAUCAACCCAUUGAUCAGUGGUGCUACUCGGAUCUGAACAAAUAUUCCGGUGUGAGCACAGUAUCGAUGCUUCUCAUUGCAGUGAUCCUGGCAGUUCGAAACGAUUUCUUCGGUCUGUUUUAA